AAAAAAAUUGUAUAAAUGAGGCGAAAGUUGUUGCAACAACAUCAGUCUCUGCAAGACACUCUCGUUCAGCUAAAGAUGUCACCUUACCUUGGACUUGUGGUUAUACUUUUUUGCACCUUUCUCGUAGGAAUCGAAAGUGCCUCUCCUAAUCGAAAUCGCCAAUACCCAGCUCAACAACAGAAACAAUAUGGAGUUCGAACUUAUGGUGCCUCAGGAAGUUCCCAAAGUUUUGGGCCGCCUACUGUUCCGGAAUUUCCACAGAUGAGUUUUGACAAUACCUUUUCUUCAAGUCAAUUCGGACCAUUUUCCACUGGGGAAUUCUUUCCCUUAGGACCACCACCAUCAUCAUCAGGUGGAGGAUGUUCCCUCGGAUGUGGAUCGUUUAAUGUGCUAGCUGGCACAAGCAAGGACAGGUUUUCAAACAAUUAAAUAAUGCAUACACAUAUUUAAAUAAAUGAAUAUGAAUAUUU